AUGGCCGCCUCCAAGGUCCUCCUCGUCUGCCUCGGCCUCCUCGCGCCGUUCCCGCGCUUGGCGCUGCUCCGCCGGCUCGUCGCCGCGGCGUUCGUCGCGCUCGUGCUCGCCGACCUCGCCGCGGCCGGCGCGGUCGCCAACCUCAUGGCCGCGCUGGCGGUGGGCGUCCCGGUCAUCGUGCUCCACGCCUCGUUCCGCGUCCGCGACGACCUCGAGGGGCCUUCCACGGAGAACGGCGAGGAGGAGGAGGCGGACGAGGAGGCGGCGGUCGUGGAGAAGAGGGAGGACGGCGAUACGGAGGCAGGCCCCACGCGGCGGUCCACGGCGGUCGCGCCACGAUCGCCAAAGUGA